UACUCUGUGGUAGAGAUCAGCGAAUGGAUGAAUAAAAUUGAGUUGUUGUGCGGGAGGGGACUUGUUUUUACUUUUUAGCAGCAGCAAGGUCGUUCUUUGUGUCAAAAUUCUACUUGUGACGAACAAUCAAAUUUUUAUUAUUUAUAACGAGUAAGCUACUGUUUGUGUUCCGUAACAAAGGUCAUAGUGCGCGUAUGUUGUAAAUAGUGAUUAUUGAAACCAGAUCGUAAUAUCGAACGGUCCAAUGAGUUUGGGAGGAGGUCACAGCGCCGAGGGAUCAAAUGCGGGAGGAAUAUUCGUCCAAUUCAAUCAAGAUUGCACGUCUCUGGUAGCGGGGAGUAGUAGUGGCUACCACCUGUUUGCGCUCACCCCUGAUGAUGGAAUUGAGGAAAUCUAUGCGAGCCGGUCGGGGCAAGAUACCUGCCUGGUGGACAGACUCUUCAGCAGUUCCCUGGUGGCUAUUGUCACUGUUGCGGCGCCCAGGAAGCUCAUCGUGUGCCACUACAAGAAGGGCACGGAGAUCUGCAACUACAGCUACAGCAACAGCAUCCUGGCCGUGAAGCUCAACCGCUCGCGCCUCGUGGUGUGCCUGGAGGAGUCGCUGCACAUCCACAACAUCCGCGACAUGAAGAUCCUGCACACCAUCCGCGACACGCCGCCCAACCCGCGCGGCCUGUGCGCGCUGGCGCCCGGCGCCGACCGCUGCCUCGUGGCCUACCCGGGCAGCAGCGCCGUGGGCGAGGUGCAGGUGUUCGACUGCGUGCACCUGCACGCCACCUGCGUGCUCAGCGCGCACGACAGCCCGCUGGCCGCGCUGGCCUGGUCGGCGUGCGGCCGGCGCCUGGCCACGGCGUCCGAGCGCGGCACCGUCAUCCGCGUGUUCGCCGUGCCCGAGCGCGCGCGCCUCUACGAGUUCCGGCGCGGCGUCAAGCGCUGCGUGGCCAUCGCGUGCCUGGCCUUCAGCGCCUGCGGCGCCUUCCUGGCCGCCACGUCCAACACGGAGACCGUGCACGUGUUCCGCCUGGGCGAGCCGGCGGCGCGCGCCGACGGCGACGGCUGGAUGGACUGGCUGUCGUCGGCCGUGGCGGCGGGCGCGGGCUACCUGCCGGCGCCCGUGGCCGGCGUGCUGGCGCAGGGCCGCGCCUUCGCGUCGGCGCGACUGCCGCGCGCCGCCGCCCGCGCCGUGGCCGCCGUCACCAACGUGGCCCGCAGCCCGCGCCUGCUCGUGGCCACGGACGCGGGCGCCGUGCACGUGUUCGCGCUGGACGCGGCCGACGGCGGCGACUGCGCGCUGCUGCGCACGCACCGCCUGCUCGACGCGCCGCCGCCCGAAGAGUCGGAGCGCGCGGGCGAGCUGGGCGCGGCGCUGGCGGGCGAGCCGGCGCGCGGCGCCUUCGACCUGCGCGACCCGCGCCACUUCCCGCCCAUGCGCCAGGCCGCCGCCCCCGAGUAGGCCGCCGACGCGCCGGCCGCCGACGCGCCGGCGGCGCCGCCUCGGCUGCCGGCGUCUCUCGGAGUGGCGACCCCAGCUGGUGCGUCGCUUGCGUGUGAAUAAUGGAGUUGUAAUUAUUAUGCUAACCGGAAUUAGUUUUAAGUCUUCGUUCGGUCGAUCGUAAGUCUCGCGCCGCAUCGGAUGAGGACUAUGUUUGAUUGUUCGCGGGAAUGUGAGCGAGGCGGUCGCCGACCCUGUACAUAGCUGUACCAUACGAGCCCUUGUAAUAUAAUUAUUGUGACGUAAUGUAUUAGUUAGUUUUACCAUGUGAUAGCGUUCGGGAGAGUCGGGUCGAGUGGAUGUGUGGAUGUGUGGAUGUGAUUGGAACGUGUGCCUGCUGCAUUGAAAAAAAAAUGACAAAAAAACUAAAUAUAAAACUGCGACCGUCGCGGGACCGUCUGUCCGGACGCAUCAGGGCUCGGGACGGGCCUGGGGUCUCCUUAACUUCACUGACGAGCCGGCCCGAACACGGAUCGGUAACGACGAGUCUCGUGAAUUGUAAAUAAACUGUUUGACCCAACAAAGCCGCCGGCGGGUCCGGACAGACAUACAUAAUGAAAAGUUCUGAUGCGGCUUCACAUAUCAGAAGCGAAAUUAUUUUUAGUUAAUUAUAAAUUCGAAUUUAACCGAAGUGAACGGCGUCUUCGACACUCGAGUAAUACACACAUCACCAGAGUAGUUCUUUUUUGAUUGUUAAAAAGAUCCCACCAGUCGCUACUCCGCAAAAAAGUAUUAAUACAGCUUCUUGCAUUUCAUUAGGUUCUAAUUUUUUUGCAAAAUAAUUUAAUGCGCUAAAUAUUGACAGCUGUAAAUACCAAAAAUGUUGAUUAAAUUAUUAAUAUUAUUGACGCGAUUUAACUGUAUUAGGUGUUGUUCGAGAGGGCGGUAACUUUUGGUGUUUCAUUAAGUGGCUAUUGAAGUUAAUAAAUUAAGAACUGUUAAGGGGGCUGCCUUACGUGUAGCGCAAGCUGGCCCACCGCAAUUGGUAAAAUAGCGAGCGAAUGAGUGCGGAGUAGCCGGGCACGAAUAUUAAAAUUGUCGCUUAUGUCUGCUGCGGAAAAAAAACAAAAUUGUACAUAUUAAAUAAAUAUUUUAUAAAACCUCA